AUGGACGAAGCCUAUUUAAUUGUACGUAAUAGGAAUUAUUCAAAUAAUAUUGCAUUGUUUGGCAAUAAAAUUGUAUGUGAAAGUUGUGAUCUCGAAAAAAUGAUCGUAGCUAUUUCAAAUCAAAAUGCUACUUUAAUUAUUGACACAAAAUAUGCUUAUAAUUUGGAACUUCGAUCAUUGUCAUCUAACAAAUCUUUACUAUGCCAGAUUGCAUCAUACAAAUUUGCUGAACAUGGUACAUACAUACUCGAUAUAAUGCAGAAUACAUCAACUACAGAUGUCUGUUCUAUAAAACAAGUUGGAAAUCCGAGCUACUAUUGGACACCUGCUAUUCUUGCUAUUAUAUUCGUUAUCUUGUAUACAGUUUUGGUUCAAUUCUGGCAUUAUUUUUAUCGUAGUCGAUAUUUUGAUUAUUUUCGUAGAAAUAAUUCACAUCAACGAUUAAUCAAUGAUAAUCUUGGAACAAUACCACAAGGUUCACCAGAAAACAUACAACAACAAAAUAUAAAUGUAUCAGAUGAAGAUGUUAUUCGCAUUGCUGCUAGCAAGAGUGGUGGUUAUUGGUUUUUUGAUCAUUCAAUAUGGAAUGGAUUGACAUUGGCCGAUCUUGUCUUUCCUUGGUUUGCCUGGAUGAUGGGUGUUUCAAUUGUUCUCUCUCAACGAUCACUUCGUUCAAAAAAUAUACCAAAACGAAAUAUUUUCCUGAAAAUUUAUCGAAGAACAAUCAUUCUUUUCGUUCUGGGACUUUCUGGACAAAGUGAUUUACCAACACUUAGAAAUCUUCGAAUUUUUGGGGUUCUUCAACGACUAGCUACAUGUUAUUUUUUUACGGCCAUACUUGUUCUUGUCUUUGAAAAGAAAGAUGAUGAACGAGACACAACACGAUUGCCUAUUGGCGACAACAUAGAACAGCCAUUACGCAUUGAGUUAUUUAAAAGUGUUUUUCAGUAUUGGAUACAAUGGCUCUUUGUUAUAUUGAUUAUUAUUGCUUGGAUUCUUAUCACAUUUCUUCUUCCUGUUCCCAAUUGUCCAACUGGAUAUUUGGGUCCUGGUGGGAAACAUGAUCAUGGAAAAUAUUGGAAUUGUACUGGAGGAGCUGCUGGAUAUAUUGAUCGAGUCAUUUUAGGAAAUUCUCAUUUGUACGAUCAACCAACUUGUAAAGAAAUCUAUUCUACUAAAAUACCUUAUGAUCCGGAAGGUAUUAUGGGUAUUUUGACUGGAAUUUUUCUCUGUUAUCUCGGUGUACAAGCUGGUCAUAGUUUCGUUCAUUCAACUCGUGUUCGUCGUGUUUGUGUCCAUUGGAUUGUGUCAAGUAUCAUUUGUGGUUGUCUUGGUUUAGGUUUAUCACAUGGUGGUCAUUCAGAUAGUUUGAUUCCAAUUAAUAAAAACCUAUGGUCAUUGACAUUUGUAUUCAUUUUAGCCAGUUUAGCUUUUAUGAUUCUUACUAUUCUCUAUCUUGUUGUCGAUGUUCGUCAAUGGUUUACUGGUGCUCCUUUCCUCUGGUUGGGCAUGAAUUCAAUUGUUAUCUACAUAUGUCAUGGUCGAUUUGGGGGCAGUUUUCCAGUGCAGUUCGAAGUCAAUAACACUCAUGCUGAACAAAUUGCUAUGCAUCUCUAUGGUGCAAUCUUUUGGUCAUUUGUCGCCGGUUGCAUGUACUAUAAGAAAAUUUUUAUUGCCAUUUAA